AUGGAUUUUGAAUCAUUCAUGAAAGAUGCAGUAUCGAAGAAACGCGAUGAGUUUUUCAAUACUGCGAUGCCAGAAUCAAAUCAGCUGGAAAGCGAAGAAGAAAAGGAUAUAGACAGCGUUGAGGAUGAAAGAAGUUUCAAGAAGAGAAAACUUGAUGAUGAUAAACAGGUGGUGACCGAGGCAGUUAAGGCUGAAAAUAGUGAGAAUGUAUCAACAUGCGAAACCAAACAUCUGGAAACCAAAGAUAGGGUUGAAUUAAACGAGAUAACUGAGGUGACACCAGCAAAAAAUACAAAUGAACUUACCAACAAUAAAACUAGCUCAAAAGAACAAAAUAAUGAAAUUGAAUCCACGGUAGUGAAUAGUAACCAGUCUACAAUGGAAAAUAAAGAUAAAGGUUGUACCCCUAAAGAAACGUCUACUACUGAUCCUGGCAAUAGUGCAAGCACCAAUUACAUUAUAAACCCAGAAGAUAUUGCCAAUGAUAAGCCUAAAGUAUCACUUCAACUUCGAGAAUACAUGAAGCACCUUCUUCUUAAGUGGCGUGAAGCACAGUCUUCAAUUGAAGGUGAUCAGGAUUUGGUUAUCGAAACUACUAGGAACUUAGCUCCAUUAUUUAUCAAGCUUCGGAAACUGACUUUGUCUGACUCGAUGUUCCCAACACUUGCCACCAUAAUGUAUUAUCUUCAACAGGGGAAAUUCCAAUUGGCUAAUGAAACAUACAUGAAAUUAAGUAUUGGCAAUGUCGCCUGGCCAAUUGGUGUGAUCAGCAUUGGGAUCCACGCAAGAAAAGCCCAGCUGAAAAUCACUGGGGAGAAAACGGUUGCCAAUGUCAUGAUAGAUGAAAAAACCAGAAAAUGGAUCACCGGAAUAAAGAGAUUGAUCACUUUUGGUGAAAUCCAUCCUGAUUUAUUGCUAUGA